CGCAGGAGCAUGCUGCACCUGAUGCUCGAGUCGGUUGACGCCAACGCGACCAGUGCCGCCGAGGGCAAGGGCACAUGGACCAAGGACGAGCACGAGCGAUUCCUGACCGCCAUGGAGAUGUACCCGAACGGUCCGUGGAAGAGCAUUGCAGACGCUGUCGGCACGCGCACGAUCCGCCAGACGCAGACGCACGCCCAGAAAUACAGAGAGAAGCUCGCACGCCGCCGCCGCGGGCUGCGCACCAAGCACAUUCUGCAGCCCGAGGAGCUUCGGGACAUCUCGACGACGCGCCCGAUGGCACCGAACAAGGCAAUUGCGUCGCCGGUGGACAACGACGACGAGACCGGCGGCUGGAGCGACGAAGGCGACGAUGGCUCGUUGCCGCCGCUGCCCGACUGCCUUGACUUUCUCAUCGGACUCCUCGAGCGCGACCUGUAGAUGCUAGUGCGAUUGACUAUUUAUUCCAAGCAAACGAUACAUCCCUACGAUGACAGAUUACAGUA